AACUAAAACGGGGAGAGACGAGGGGCGGAGAGGCGAGAGGAAGGAGCGGCGCUUUUGGAAAGAGAAGGGCAAAGGAGGCGGCGAGAAGGUUCGACGAAGGAAUGGAGCCGAAGAAGGGCGUGGACGAGUCAUCGUUGGAUGAGCUGUUUCUCUACACCACCGUGUGCAUCGUCGGGUUUCCCGUCGAGGUCCAGGUUAAGGACGGGUCCCUCUACUCCGGCAUCUUGCACACCGCGUGUUUCGAGAAGGAUCAGGGUAUUGUUUUGAAGAAAGCGAGGAAGAUAGGGAAUGGGAAAUGUGACACAAACUUAGCUUUAGGAGACUUUGUAGAUACUCUUGUUAUUCUUUCAUCUGACCUGGUUCAAGUAGCUGUAAAGGAGUUCCUCCCGCCAGCAGAUCAUGUUGCUCAGAACAAUGCAGAGGUGGUGAUUGAAUCUGAUUUACAAACUUGCAAUCGGGAUUCUGGAAGGGUGAGGGAAGGGUCCACAUGUGAACAAAUUUCUGCUUUGAGGUGUUUGGACAAAAGUGAAGAAAGUGAACCUCUUUCAUUAACAAAUGAUGAAGAACAUGUUAUAGUGAAUGAGAUGACUGAUGUAGGUAAAUUUCCAGACAAGGCUUUAGAUAAUAUGCAUGAAACUGGAGGUGCAAGACAAGAUGAGAUAUCUUUAGAAAAGGUUGAAGAACAUUCUUUUAUACCAGCUAUUUCACUUCAGCAAAGACAGGUCAUAGGGUGCAAACCGGAGGGAGAAAAGCAUUGUGAUCCUGUUGAAGAGAUGGCACAAGAAGUUCACCAUUUGAGUCCCAACUCAAAUGCAAAUGGCUCAAGAUUGAAUAGUUCUGCUGCUAUGCCUGUCCAACUGAUGCUUCUAGAGGGCAAAGAUUCCACUUCAACAAACAUUUCACUAUCAGAUGCUAGAACUUCAGCUUGUACUGCUACUCCUUUGGUUUCACAUAUUACAACCUCUUCAUGCCCUGUUAGAUCAGCCUUAUCUGAUGCAUCAAUUCCUAAAAAGAGCAAAGCUGGAAGUAUUACUGCCAAGGAAUCGAAGCUGAAUCCAAGUGCAAAAAUUUUCACACCAUCAGUGACAAAUUUAAGACCAUUACCUACAGCUGUGCCUAAUAUUGUGAGCCCAAGCCAAAUGUUGAACAAUCUUCCUUUAAUGCCUAUUGCUGCUUCACAAUUAGGAACUGAAAUGAGCUCUCUUGCAAGUCAUGUCACAGUACCAAGUAAAUUGGUCCCAUACAAUAACAUAAUUGCCACGCACACUGGACUGGGAACUCAUUAUACUCGACCUGUUCUGGGGCAUGCUAGCAUUCGACAAUUACCCAUUAGAAUGAAUGGUCAAUAUCAUCCUCUUCAAGCAGGGCAUUUCUAUUCAAAUCCACAUUCCCAAAUGUUAAUGGUUGGACAAUUAAGUCAGCCUGCAUAUGUGCAUCCGGUUUCUCAGGAUGUGAUUCAACGAACGCCAGUUAUGCCACAAGGACAACCACACCCUCUAUUGACUCAAGCAAAUGCACCAAAGUUUCAAGGUGCUACAGCCCUGGCUGCGGCUCCACCCGUUGUUGCAGGUGGAAUUCAGACUAUUGUGGCGCCACCCCAUGCUCCAUUCUCACAGCCCUUUGCUGCCAUCCAACCAAUCAUAGUCCCUGGUGGCAAUGGUUAUUUCUACCACUAAAUCCUUGUGAUCUCUUUUCUGGAUCCUGGAAUCUGCAAAUCAAUUUUGAUGAGUUCAUUCAAUUCUUUGCCUAGCAUGGUAAAUAAUGAUGCAGAAUUGAAGAUUGCCCUUUCAACUUGCUAUAGUGGUUUCUGAAGUUAUUUUCCUUAGGAGACCGUCUGUUUUUGUUCCUCUUAUAUCAAAGAAGAAAGCGAGUCAAUCACAUGUUGAAUCUUUCUGGAAGGUUUCUUUUUUUCUUUUUUGAGGAAAAGAGUAUAGUGUAUAUUGGAACAAGCCAUGAUAGAUGAGAGGGAGGAGGAAAUGAUUUUGUUCUACAAGUAGUGGCUUCUAACUGAGACAAGCUACCAAAGGUCACAGUUCUAGUGAUUACCGACUUGACAAAAGUAUUCUUUUUCUUUUUCUUUCCCUCAAAUUAUCUGCAUUUGCUUGGUCAUUUUUUGAACUGGAUGGUAAGAAGUUGUAGCUGGAGAAGAAGAAAAUGUUCAAUUUUAUGCAUCGUGGAUUCUAGCUGCGGCA